AGUCAUUUAUAUUGGCUACAUUAACCUUAGAGAAAUUAGACAACAUGUCCAUUGCAUAACAAAAAUUAACUAUCUACCCAUUACAACUCAUAGGUUAAAAUAUUAUGUAUAUUAUAUAUAAUAUGACACUUACUAUCCUUUGUUUAACUAGAGCCAUUUGAUUUCUCAUCUUCUUCUUUACUUGUUUUUUUUUUCUUCUCCCCUCUCAAUUUUAUUUGAUAUAUAUCUUUUGUAUCAUAUAUAAUUUAAUCAAAUAAUUAUCUUUUGUAUCAUAUAUAUCUUUUCUACAUAUUUCAUAACUUGAAAUUUUUCAAACAAUUUUUUAAAAAACUGUCGGAUGAAGGUUUUACUAUAUCUGAAUCAUAUUAAAAUAGAAUAGUAUACGUGAUUUAACAUCUGAUUUUACGUAUUCAAAAUACUGUUUUGCUAAUAUUUAGAAUAUACUAUUCUAUUUUUUUUAUAAUAGCAUAAUCUCCUCGUUUUCGUUAUCUUUUUCUCCUUCUUUCUUCUCCUCCCUGGACCUCUUUCCCUUUCUCCAUCCACGUUCCUCCCUCCUCUCCCUUUUCCUCUCUCAUCCUGGUCCUCCUCCUCUUCCCUAUCCCUCCCCCUCCAUAUCCCUCUCUUUUAUCAAUUUAAAACUACAUCGAAUUUUCUAUAAUGAAUACAAUACAAUAUAGUACAUUAUUUUUAUAUAGUUUCUCUGAUGAACGUACACACGCUUUAGGGAGAAAAAAGUCAAGAUUAUGUUUAAAUUGUCCCACGAAGUCUUCCAAAGUCAAGAUGAACGUACACACGCUUCAGGAAGAACGUACACACGCUUCAGAAAGUCUUCUGCCCAAAAUGGUACAAAAAGAUGAUAUGAAGUGGAGUCCAAAGUUAUCUAUGUUAAGGAAUAUUAUCUAGCUGUGUAAUAAUUUUGUUUAUGGUCUUUAUAUGAUUUGUAUGUGCAAUAUUUUAGAUGUGAAUUAUUUUGUAAACUUUAAGAGAUGUUAAUCAAAAGAAUGAUAAAUAUGUUCAUGUUCUGUCAAAAGUAAUUGACUUCAUUAAAAUUAUUGAUGCAACAUACCAAAAAAUAUUUUGAUGAUUCUACCCACACAUAAUAAAACCCAACAACACAAAAACUUAGUAACAUUUGUUAAAACUAAGGGACAAGACUUCUCAAGAACCAUAGUCAAAUUCACAAAAGAUCAAAAUUGAAUUUUAAGUGAAAGUUAAAAUUUUAGAUCUAAUGGAAGUUAAAAAUUGUAUCUUAUGAGGAAGACAAUACAAACACAGAACAUCAACUUAAUAAAACAAAAUCAUCGGAGAAGACUUCUUAUGAAGUCUUCUACAAGUAUUCUAUGAGGAAGACUUAUAGAAGACUUCUCCGUUUAGCUAGAAACAUUAUUAAACAUCAAUGUUUGUAACUUCAUAAUUAUCACCAAUUAAGUUAUAAAUUCGAUUCAGUAGUCUCAAUAUUGACUAAUAAACAUGAACUAGUAAGAAGAUAUUAAAAAUUCAUUUUAGUUUAGGAUAAAUUUGAAGUUUAAUAAAGAUUUACGUAGAAGACUUCUUUUGAAGUCAUCCACGGAAGACUUUAAAAGAAGUCUACCCUGUGUAGACUUCAAAAGAAGUCUUCUAUUUAGGUCAUUUUUGCAAUUGCAAAUUUAUGAAGGAAGACUUCUUAAGAAAUCUACUCUACAAAAGACAUCUUCGGAAGUCUUCCUUUGUAAAUAUUAGCUUACUUUUGAAAUUGAAUUUUUUUUGAAAUUUUUUCAAAAUUUCCAAAGAAGACUUCUUUAGAAGUUUUUUCGGAUAAACAUGUUACUUUUGAAUUUGACCAAAGUUAGUCAUAACUUUGACUUUUUGUAGGAGACUUCUAGGGAAGUCUACCUGGAGAAUACUUCAAAAGAAGUCUUCCGGAAGUCUUUUCAAUGUCGCAAUAAGUCUGUUAGGUUACCUUUGCAAUUGACUAUAUUUGACUUUUCGAGAGAAGACUUCUUUAGAAGUCUUCCGUCGGAUGACUUUUCCAGAAGUCUUUUCUCCCGGGCAAAGGUUUGACCAAAGUCCAGAAUUAAACUUGAGAAGACUUCUAAAGAAGACUUCUAAAGAAGUCUUCUCAUUGAUAUUAAAUGUUUUACUAUUAUUUUUCAAUUGCAAAAGUAACCCACGCAGACUUCUUCCGGCAUCGAGAAGACUUAGGGAAAACUUUCAGAAGACUUAUGUAGAAGUUUUCGCUAGGAAGACUUCCUUAGAAGUCUUCUACAAAAAGUCAAAUUUAUAACCAACUUCGGUCAAAUUUAAAAGUAACAUAUUUAUCCCAGAAGACUUCUCUGGGACUUCUCUGGGACUUCUAAAGAAGUCUUCUCUGGGAAUUUUGAAAUUUUUUGUUUACAAAGGAAAAUUAGAAGACUUCUUCUUUUAAAAACACACAAAUGGUCAAUUGCAAAACUAACCUAUGCAUUGACAAAGUCUUCUCGAUGAAGAAGACUUCUCGUCGAACAGAUCUGAAAAUAAAAUGUAGUUCGCGAUUUCAUACCUUGAACUUGUGAGAUGACUUGCGUGGUUUCUCCAAUCGCCCAGAACUUCACCAUAACAGCUACCUACUCGUUAAUCACAAAGAAUCGUGAGCUUAUGAAGCUUACAUAAUUUGUAAUCAAAAUCUUCAGUUUUUUUUAUGUAUUUUGAGAGAAAGUGUAAGAUAUGUGGUUUGUGUAGAUAGAAAAUGAGAAAGGAUGAGAAAAAUCGAAACUUUAAGGCAUUAACACUCUCAAAUUGGUAGUUCAUGGUGGUUGAGGUAUUGAUGUCAAUGACAAAGUUGUAAAUAUUUGUUGAAGAUGAGGAUGGUAAAGUAAAAGCCUUAUUUUUAGAAAUAUAAAAGAAAAAAAAGUAAUGGCAUUUUUUUGAAUAACUAGAACUUCUAGGGUGAAUAGGACAAAACAAUGUUUCAAAAAAACAUAUGUUAUUUUUGUGUUUGACUUGUAAUUUUGAGUCAUUUUUUAAAGAACCCCAUUUUUUUCAUGGUUAUAGCACAUAAUUUCCCUACAAAAUAACCAAAUUUGUUGUAAAUAAGGAAAAAAAAUUAUUGUGUUUUAUUCCAUCAGUAAAUAAUCAUUUUUAUAGGAAUACAAUAGUUUGGAAGAUAAGUAUAAUUUAGAGAACAAAUAUGAACUUGAUUCCGUGGACGCAUGAAACGAAGCCACAAGAAUAAAUAAUUUAAUAUUUUAUUAAUAUUAAGAACAUGAGUACAACGUAUUGCUGUCUAAAUAAUAUUUUAUCAACAUUAGAAUUUAAUAUUAAAUAUACUAAAAUUAGUUUAAAAUUAAAAUAUAACUAAAAUAUAUGUUCUGAUUAAAAUUAAAAUAUUAGAAAAAUUGUGGAGAUGUUGAAAUUAAACUAUGCGAGUGUGUAUUUUAGAGACCAUUUGAUCAGGCAUACGCGUUUGGGUGUCCGUUUGGAUUCGAAUCGGGUUUUUCGAAUUUUUGAGAGUUUCGGGUUUACACUCUUAGGAUUUCGAAAUAUAUCAUAUCAACAUAAACAUGGAAUUGAGUAUUUGAUGAAUAUUGUAUAUAUUUCAAAUAUUUAUAUUGACUAUUAUUUUCAGAUUUUUUGGUUACCCUCAUCAAAAAUAUCUGAAAAAGAGUUUUAAAGAUCCAACAAAAACUGGUGAGGAGUUUAUAAUUGUGAAUGUCUUUAUAUCUAAUUUAAAAAAAAAUGAGAUUUUGAGGUAUUUUUUUUGUUUAUUUUUUUGUGAAAUUUUGUGUUAAUCGUUGGAUCCAAACAACGUAAGAAAGGGAUAGAUUUUUGACGAUGGUGUAUCCCUUCAUCUAUGAUCAGAUUGCUGCUCUUCCUCCUCCUGACCCUCACUCAGGAUCGGACACGAUGCUCUGGAGGCAAGAGCUAGAUGACUUUAAGGAAUUUUUCUCGGCUACAAGGACAUGAGACCAGCUGCGAAUCAAGAAGAGUAAGGUACCUUGGCAUGGUUUGGUCUGGUUCACGCAGGCUAUCCUUCAACAGUCAUUCAUGGUUUGGCUUGGUGUUAAGGAUAGGUCAUAGGUUAUCCACAUGACUACGAAUGAGACGAUGGGGUUUGGAGAAAGGAUGUGUCUACUGUGGAGAGCAAAAUGAAGAUAGAGACCACCUGUUUUUAUUUAUUUUUUGCAUAUCCUUACACUUUCAAUGUCAGGAGAAACAUAGAAAGGGGGCUACUUGGCGCAACUAUCAUGCAAGACUGGGAAGACACCAUGAGAAGUAUCCUGCAAACUCAUCGAAGUCGUCUUGAUAAUUUUGCUUCGUUGGUCUUUCAUACAGCUAUUUACACAUUUUAGAGGGAGGGAAACUCAAGGAGGCAUGGAACAGCUUGUGUAUCAGUUGAUGCCAUCGCGUGGAUCAUCGCCAAGAUACUGAAGAAUUGCAUAUCCUCACUUCGUUAUACAGGGAUAAUAAGCUAAGUGGACUACUUCGAAGAUGGGUUGAGGUCAACCCUUCUAUGGUCUAACAAUAUAUUCUUUUCAUUCUUUAACAUUUAGAUCACAUUUUAUGAUCUUGUAAAUGUCCAUUCACGAUUUAAUCAAUAAAUUUGAAAUUUUAUUAAAAUGAAGAUAUUAGAAACACAUUUAAAAUGACGCAAGCUAUUGCCUCCUUUUCGUUGAAAAUAUCCAAGGAGCGGCGCUCGGAUUUUUUUUCUCACUUGAAGAAAAACUCCAAUGACAACUUCUGACAACUCUCUUCGACGUUUCUCUAAUACUACUCCAUGUUGACAGAGAAAUUUCCGAUGUAUAUUUUUUGGACUUAGCAAAACCGAGUCUCUACACGACUUCAUGGUGCCGUGAUGUACAGAUCAAUGGAAUCAGCGAAAAGUGGUCUAGGAUGGGUUGACGAAAGCGCUCUGGUACGAAUCUGAAUUAAGGAAUUGGGUUACGCUAAAGAAACUGCACACAAUUCAAGAUGCUCUCCAACGCGCUUCAAACCUCAUCAUCAACAAGGAGGAAAUGAAAGUUCUAUCGUGAAAUCAUGAACCUCCGAAGGCAUCAAGCAAAAAUGCUACCUCGGAGUCACAACCUAAAAAGGCUUCUAGUAACGAUAGAUAUGUUGAUCAUUAGGGACAAGAUGUCAAGGGGGCACAUAACUACGCCAUCGACUCUGGAAUAGAUGUUGGUGCUUGCUGUGACUAAUCAUCUCGUCCAGCAGGUUCGACCACCACUCCCGACAAACAAACACUAUAUCUAAUACUUCUUGUUCACUUUAGAAUACAAACAACCCAAGUUGAGUCUCUAAAUGUUUUUGCUGUCAAAAAAAAAAAGAAUGCAAACAACCACAAACUGUCCAAAAGCACAAGAAAAUGGAAGGUUUUCAUCAAGGACUAUAGUCUUAGCAAAGGAGGACUUACGGAAAAAAUCUAACUCCUCCGGCUCUAACUCGUCAUUAAUGGGCUAUGUCCUCCUGAUCUUGUGGUAAGACUUUACUCUCUCACCGAGGGGUUCGUCACCGGCAGCAAACAUCCUCAUGAGUAAAUUGGGUUCUUCCAUUUGACCUCUAUAAUCAAAAAGAAAAUAUUGAUUCCCACAAAAAAUGCACCUACGUAGAAUAGAAGAAGUGGCCGGAAUAAGGGUUGAGUUACGGUGGAAGAAUGUUCUCUCUGGUUUUUGGUUUGGGAAUUGAAAGUGUCAAUUUUUUAAUACAAUAAAAAGGGGUAAGUUUGGAGGGAAGUUAAUCAACAGAUGCAUCGAUUGAACCGAAAGGCUACUAAUGCUUGCAAGUUACCUGACAAAUGCCAGGGUCUAGUGAUGCCUACUCGGAAGGACAGAGGGGUUAAACGGGAAAGGAAACAGUGUUUCAAAUGCAAAGGGUAAGUCCCUCAUUAUUGUAUUGGAUGGGGCACGUGCACAUAUUAUCUCAUAAUAAAGGAGUGUAAAUCCAUUAACUAAAUUACCGUUGUUCCAUUAAUGAAUAUCAUAACUUCCUUUGAAAAUCUAAUGGCAAAAAAAUAGUUGUAAAGGAAAAUUUUAGCAAUGAUCAUGUUUUAAUCUCUUACCUUUUAAAAGAGAAACAUUAGCAUUAUUAUCUAUGAUACUUGUCAUUACUAGAAUGAUUUUUAUAAUCACUAGAGAAUUAAAUUUGUUCAUCUAAACAUAUACAAUAUUUUUAUUAAACUAAUCAUAAAUUAAUUAUUAAUAUAGAAAAUAAUUUUUUAUUAUUUCAUUAAAUAAAAUAUACAGAAUUACCUAAUAAAUAUUAAACUAUAUACUGCAAUCAAUGAUUUGAAUAAUAAAGAUUUCAUAACAAUUUUAUAUCCUUCAUCAUUUUUGUUUAAUUUAUAUUAUUAAGAUAUAUUAAACAAUCAUACACACCAUAGAAUAAAAAACUAGAUUUUUUUGUAUAUUUUAUAUUUUGAAUUAAAAAAAACCUUUAAAUUCCAUUUUAAAAAAAAAUUAUACAUUUAAAACAUUCUGAUCAACUGUUUAAAUUUUUGUUAUUACAAGAUACAAAUGAUCAUAAAAUUAUAUGAAAAGAAAUUCUCAUUUAAUUGAUAUUCAUAUUAAAAAUAUAUAUUUUAAUACUGGUUAAAUUAAAUUAUAUACCAUAUAAAAUAAAUAUCUGAGUUCUUAAAUUUGCAUUAAAAAGUAUUGAUAACUUAAUUUUUUAAUUUAGAAAUUUGUAUUGAAUUUUUACAUACGAUCAUAAAUUACUAAAAUUAUUAAAAGUCCACAUUGAAAUUUUGGUUUUCAGCAGUUUAAAAUUUUUGUUAUAAAAAAUACAAAUGAACAUAAAAUUAUAUAAGUUAUUUAAUAGAUAACCAUAUGAAACAUAUACUAUAUAUGUAUGUUAAUAUUAUUUAAAUUUAACUAUAUACCACAGAAAACAAGUAAAUAUAAUUGUUUUGUUUAUUUAUCAUAAAAAUAUUGUAAAUGAAAGAGUGAUUAUUUUGAUUUAUGUGUUCAUGCCAAUUUAAUUCUAUAUGUUUUAGUUAAUUGCUUCUCAAUUAUUUAAUAUAUUUUAUUAUUUUAUGAUAUGUAAAAAUACAAAAUAAAUAACAGUGUACUUAAAAAGAUUUGUAUACCAAGUUCGUCUCGCACAAAACACGGAUCUUAACCUAGUAAUAUUGAUAUUUACCUACAACAGCUUAUAAAUUGAAAAAAGAGUACAACUAUAAAACAGUUUCUGUUUUACAUUUCAGUUAAGAAUGACUUUUCUGUUCUGAAUUCUAUUUUGCUAUUUAGUUGAUUGUCAAAUCAUUAUAAAGAAAGCAGAAUUUUAUAUUUCUAAUAUGAUUUAUAGCUAAAAAAAAUCACAUAAUCAAUAACAAAAACAUUGAACCAAAAAAAGGGAAAAAGACAAAAUUCAAAGCGAUGAGGUUUUAUUUACUAAAAAUAUAAAAGGCCCAAUGCCUUCCCGUGUCCCGAUUCUCCCGGUAAGACAGAGCAUGGAACCGUAUACCUCGGUCAGGCUGUUGUUUCUAAAACAAAAAUAGGUGGACAUAUGUUCGUACACGCUGAGAUAUUGGCCUCAUCAAUGAAACUAACGGCCUAGAUCCGUUUAUCGUCGAACGAUAUUAAGGGCCAAAGUUCCUUCCAUUUUCCAGAAAAUUUUAAAACCCAAUUCUGAGAACUCUUUGUCUUCUUGUUCGUCUACGUAAAUUCUUCAGAUAUUUAAAAAUGGCGGACGGUGAAGAUAUUCAGCCACUCGUUUGCGACAAUGGGACUGGAAUGGUCAAGGCCGGUUUUGCAGGUGAUGAUGCUCCAAGAGCUGUAUUCCCAAGCAUCGUUGGACGUCCACGUCACACGGGAGUGAUGGUUGGAAUGGGACAAAAGGAUGCAUACGUUGGUGACGAGGCACAGUCCAAACGUGGUAUCUUGACUCUCAAAUACCCAAUCGAGCAUGGUAUCGUCAACAAUUGGGAUGACAUGGAGAAGAUAUGGCAUCACACUUUCUACAACGAGCUCCGUGUUGCCCCUGAAGAACACCCGGUUCUGCUAACCGAAGCUCCCCUCAAUCCAAAGGCAAAUCGUGAGAAGAUGACACAGAUCAUGUUUGAAACAUUCAACACUCCUGCUAUGUAUGUCGCCAUUCAAGCGGUUCUCUCUCUCUAUGCCAGUGGUCGUACUACUGGUAUUGUUUUGGACUCUGGAGAUGGUGUGAGCCACACCGUUCCAAUUUACGAGGGUUAUGCUCUUCCACACGCAAUCCUACGUCUGGACCUUGCGGGCCGUGAUUUGACCGACCACCUCAUGAAAAUUCUGACUGAGCGUGGUUACUCCUUCACCACAACUGCUGAGCGUGAAAUCGUUAGAGACAUGAAAGAGAAGCUGUCUUACAUUGCCUUAGACUAUGAGCAAGAGCUCGAGACUUCCAACACCAGUUCAUCUGUCGAAAAGAGCUUUGAGCUGCCAGAUGGUCAAGUGAUAACCAUUGGUGCAGAGCGUUUCAGGUGCCCGGAAGUGUUGUUCCAACCAUCGAUGAUCGGAAUGGAAAAUCCAGGAAUCCAUGAAACUACUUACAACUCAAUCAUGAAAUGUGAUGUGGAUAUCAGGAAGGAUCUUUAUGGUAAUAUUGUGCUUAGUGGUGGAACCACAAUGUUUGGUGGGAUUGGUGACAGAAUGAGUAAAGAGAUCACCGCCUUGGCUCCGAGCAGCAUGAAGAUCAAAGUUGUGGCUCCACCAGAAAGGAAGUACAGUGUCUGGAUCGGUGGCUCUAUCUUGGCUUCCCUUAGCACUUUCCAGCAGAUGUGGAUCGCGAAAGCCGAGUAUGACGAAUCUGGACCAUCUAUCGUUCACAGGAAGUGCUUCUGAUCAAAGUAUCAACUAAAAAAGUGCGAUAAAUAUUUUUGAUAAACCUUUUUCAUCCUGAAGCCAGUUGCCAUCAUUACUUACCUUGCUUCUCUGUAUGUUUCUUUUAUUCUUCUUUUUCCUCACUGUUUAUUAUUAUAAUCUUGCUUUUGAUGUAAAUCAAGUUUCAAACACAUUAUUUACUAUUUUAUAUUGUAUACAUAUUAAUGGUAUACACACACUAUCUUUUUCUCA